ACCGCGUAAGUGCAGUGUAAUGUUUGAGCAGGCAAACAAUUCGAGAGAUGUUGCAAUUGAGGCGAGUCUACACGAUAAAGCAACCAAAAAUCUGAAUCAAACCAUCAGCCAUCAUCACCAUCAUCAUUCUUAGCCAGCAUAACUACCUCAACACGCCUCUGUCAACCCGUCCGACCCGCAAUCAACAACAUGUCCUCCCGCACCCACGCUCACGGCCACACUCCCGGCCACCCAACAACACACGCCAAAGCCGUCGACCCGUCGGCCGCCAGUCACCAACACCUGACCAACCAUCCAACGCACUCCGACCCUCCCAAUCCAGCAGACAACACCACUAAUUUCCAAUCCUCCGAUCCAAGCACGAACGCCCACGCCAAACCCACGAGCAAAGUCAUGGGCGACCUCAAGGGCAUGGCUCACGGCGUGACCGGCAGUAUGGAAGCCGCCACCGGCACACUCCUGCGGAAUAAGAACAUGCAAGAAAAAGGGUUCGAGAAAAUGAGCGAAGAGGACCAACGCCUGGCCGCGAAGAGUGGGAAAGCACCCGUAGGCACGACGGCUGUCGAUGAGAGCAGCCCUCAGGCCGCGAGUUAUGGGCCAGGACGGACGACAACCGAGUUGUCGAAGUAAGCUGGCCCUUGACCAUCGCGUCCAAGGUGUGGCGGAGAGCAUGGCGAGACGAGGCUUGCAGAAAGACAGCAUGGAGACGGGCAGGACAAGCUAAUGACCGGAGCAUUGAUGCGUACGAAACCCUCACGUCGAAGGGGGCCUUGGUGCUCCUGCGACUGCUUUGUCAAUGGCCAUUCCUUACGCUAGACUAAGGCGAGGGCAGCAAGCAAUAGUACAAACUAAGCUGGGAGAAGGCUGUGCUGGAGUCAACUGAGAUACCACUAUUUGCCUUGCACUAGCGAAGUAUUCACGACAUAUCGUGCAACAAUUCAGAAUUGUUCAACUCA